CUGAGAAGGGCGGCAAGAAGAGCCGGCGGCUGUUCUCGCUGCGGCCGUGGAAGGCGAGCCGGCGGCUGUGGCGGACGCGCUCGGGGCCCCCGGCGGCGCAGGGGGAGACUGUAAAGCCAUCUCUCAGUGUUGGAUGAGGAUUCAUGCCUGCAAAUCCAUGUCCCAAGAUCAGACGGACCCACAAAGACCAGACUGCAGGAAACAGAAGAGACAUACUUGAGUCUGCAUCUGCCACAUACCAGCAGGACCCCAAGCUGCCUUGACCUCAGGGAGGCCCCCGGAAACAACCUUAGUCUCCAUCAAUGGGGCAGUGGAUGCGUACUUAAGUGAGCGAGAGUUCCAUGUGGGAUCAGCAUAGAAGAUUUUUAAACAAUGGUGCCUCGUCUGCAGACAUGGAGCCCAGCUAUGGAGGAGGUCUCUUUGACAUGGUGAAGGGCGGAGCGGGAAGGCUCUUCAGUAACCUAAAGGACAACCUGAAGGACACCCUCAAAGACACAUCUUCCAGAGUUAUACAAUCUGUCACCAGCUACACGAAGGGAGACUUAGACUUCACUUACGUUACCUCCAGAAUUAUCGUGAUGUCCUUUCCUCUGGACAGUGUUGACAUAGGAUUCAGGAAUCAGGUUGACGACAUUCGAAGCUUUUUGGAUUCCAGACAUCCUGACCACUACACGGUGUACAAUCUCUCGCCCAAGUCUUACCGAACUGCCAAGUUUCACAGCAGGGUCUCAGAAUGCAGUUGGCCCAUUAGGCAGGCCCCCAGUCUGCACAACCUCUUCGCCGUGUGUCGGAAUAUGUAUAACUGGCUACUACAGAAUCCCAAAAACGUCUGUGUUGUCCACUGCUUGGAUGGACGGGCAGCAUCGUCAAUUCUGGUUGGUGCUAUGUUCAUUUUCUGUAAUCUCUACUCUACUCCUGGCCCAGCUGUUCGAUUGCUGUAUGCAAAGCGCCCAGGAAUUGGACUUUCGCCAUCCCACAGGAGAUACCUGGGCUAUAUGUGUGACCUAUUAGCGGACAAACCCUACCGCCCUCACUUCAAGCCUCUCACCAUUAAGUCGAUCACUGUCAGUCCAGUUCCUUUUUUUAACAAACAGAGAAAUGGAUGUCGCCCUUACUGUGAUGUGCUGAUUGGAGAAACCAAAAUAUAUACAACCUGUGCAGAUUUUGAACGAAUGAAAGAAUACCGUGUCCAAGAUGGAAAAAUCUUCAUUCCCUUGAGCAUCACUGUGCAAGGAGAUGUGGUCGUUUCCAUGUAUCACUUGAGAUCAACCAUCGGGAGCCGGCUACAGGCUAAGGUGACCAACACUCAGAUAUUCCAGCUUCAGUUUCACACUGGAUUCAUACCACUGGACACAACAGUUUUAAAGUUCACCAAGCCUGAGUUGGAUGCAUGUGAUGUACCGGAAAAAUAUCCUCAGCUCUUCCAGGUGACUCUGGAUGUGGAACUGCAGCCCCACGACAAGGUGAUAGACUUAACUCCACCGUGGGAACAUUACUGCACAAAAGAUGUCAAUCCCAGCAUCCUCUUCUCUUCUCACAAGGAGCAGCAAGACACUCUGGUCUUAGGAGGACAGGCUCCAAUCGAUAUCCCGCCAGACAACCCCAGGCAUUUUGGGCAAGGUGGCUUCUUUUCCUCUCUCUGCUGGCAAGAUCAGAAAUCGGAGAAAUCAUUCUGCGAGGAGGACCACGCCGCCCUGGUGAAUCAGGAGAGCGAGCAGUCAGACGAUGAACUUCUGACCCUUUCCAGUCCACACGGCAAUGCCAAUGGCGACAAACAUCAUGGAGCCAAGAAACCCAGCAAAAAGCAGCAGGAGCCGGCUGCCCCUCCACCCGCUGAGGACGUGGACCUUCUGGGCCUAGAAGGGGCUGCAGUGAGUAAGAACUUCUCGCCGCCGGCGGCUCCUCCCUCCAAUUCUGAACUGCUGAGCGACCUGUUUGGGGGUGGAGGUGCGGCCGGCCCUGCGCAGGCUGGACAGUCGGGGGUGGAAGACGUGUUUCACCCAGGUGGACCUGCGUCCACUCAGUCAACGCCACGCCGGUCUGCCGCCUCCGCCUCCGCGUCUCCAACGCUAAGAGUAGGAGAAGGUGCCACCUUUGACCCUUUUGGAGCGCCUUCCAAAUCAUCAGGUCAAGAUUUGCUGGGUUCUUUUCUGAACACAUCCGCUGCUUCCAGUGACCCCUUUCUUCAGCCUACGAGAAGCCCCUCACCUACAGUGCAUGCUUCCAGUACACCUGCUGUGAACAUUCAGCCAGAUGUUUCGGGAGGUUGGGACUGGCAUACUAAACCAGGAGGUUUUGGGAUGGGAAGCAAGUCAGCUGCCACCAGCCCAACGGGGUCCUCGCAUGGCACUCCCACCCAUCAGAGCAAACCCCAGACUCUGGAUCCUUUUGCUGACCUUGGGACAUUAGGUAGUUCUUCAUUUGCCAGCAAACCCACCACACCAACUGGACUGGGCGGGGGGUUUCCACCUCUCAGCUCACCACAGAAAGCGUCUCCCCAGCCCAUGGGGGGCGGCUGGCAGCAGGGGGGCGGCUACAGCUGGCAGCAGACACCACCGUCGAGGCCGCAGCCCAGCAUGGUGCACUCCUCUCCCCAGAACCGCCCCAACUACAACGUGAGCUUCUCAGCCGUGCCUGGGGGCCAGAACGAGCGUGGGAAGGGAGCAGCUCACUUGGAAGGGAAACAAAAAGCAGCUGAUUUUGAAGACCUUCUUUCUGGUCAAGGUUUCAAUGCACACAAAGACAAAAAGGGGCCUCGAACAAUCGCUGAGAUGAGAAAGGAAGAAAUGGCUAAGGAAAUGGAUCCUGAGAAGUUAAAGAUUCUGGAAUGGAUUGAAGGCAAAGAGAGAAAUAUCAGAGCACUUCUCUCCACGAUGCACACUGUGCUGUGGGCUGGGGAGACCAAGUGGAAGCCAGUCGGCAUGGCGGACCUCGUCACGCCGGAGCAGGUGAAGAAAGCGUACAGGAGGGCGGUGCUGGUGGUGCACCCAGACAAAGCUACUGGGCAACCCUAUGAACAAUAUGCAAAGAUGAUUUUCAUGGAGCUCAAUGAUGCCUGGUCUGAAUUUGAAAAUCAGGGCCAGAAGCCCUUGUAUUAAUUCCUGAGAUUUUCCAUUUCUGCUGCAGACCUGUGCUGACGCUUAGUGUGUGUCACAAUUCUGAGGUUUUCACAGAUGAACCAAAAACUCCAGUAACAUGUAUCCAGUACUAAACUGUUAAAUUACUCGUGAAUUAAUUCCUCGCUGAUAAGGAGAGUGGAUGUUGGUUUUCUCAAGUCAACACCAUAAAAGGUCCACCGCAGGAGAGGAACGUUUAGUCAGAUGACCUUGCAGAGUUACAACAUUCCAGCCUGCCCUUUGCGAGCCUACUCAGCAUUUUGUGGGGAAAUGGAAAAUAGAGGCUACCGAAGGCUUGACCCCCAUCUCGUUGGCUGAGAAUAGGAUUAAUGAGCAAGGGUUAUGAUAAUAGGAUUACAUGUUGGAUUUUAACUAAUGUGUUUUAGAUUUUCUUGGAAAGAUGUAACUUGAGCAACGGCUUUACGUAGACUCCAGGAACACAACCAUCAAGAGUUUUUUCAAAUGGAAGUUGACCAUGGUCUUUAGCAUAAUGCUGUACACUCUUGUGGUCAAGAGGACCCACAGAUGUAAGAGAACUUGAAUUAUGCAAAGAACUAUACUACAAUUCCAGUGGUUACCACCACCUCUUCCUGGAUAAGGUAAAAAUUAGUGAAAAUGCUGAUGAAAGAAAAUAGGGACUCUGCGGAUGUAGAAAUCUUUAAACAGAAAGUUGGGCUGCUCCCUUCCUUUCCCUUUAGAAAGCUGUGGUUGUGUAAAGAAAAAGUCUUAAUACUGUAACAACAACUCUAAACCUGAUUUGAAAGAAACUUCUAAUUUUGCCACAAGGCUUAAAGCUCUUCUUUGUGCUUAGCCAAGAAAAUGUUCUGAGCUGGAGACAGGUGGUAAAGCAGAUUGGCAGGACCUGUGUCCAGUGGUGACACAGCGUCCUCUAGGUUUGUGCGUGGCGGUGGGAAGAGCAUAGAAGGCCACGCUGAGAACUAAGCAGACGGGCAGGUGCAGUGGCAGAGCUGUGCUCGCCUUCAGACCCAGGAGAUGGCUUUGAGGAACCAGGUUCCCCUCCCCACUGGUGAAACUGGACCCCUUGGAUUAUUACAGUGGGGUUUCUUGUUUUAAAAGUAGUUGGGAACCAUAGGAACAACAUUCACACAGGGACAUCUGUGAAAGCAAAGCAAGAAUGGAACCUUUGCAGACUUCAGACUGGUCGGGUUUCGGUUUGGUGUUUUGGCUAUUUCUCGUUUUGAGGGGUAAGCAGUUGUGAGCCUGUAACUUUGAUAGCUCUCUUUUGGCGUGCACAUGCACAGUGUGCAUAGUACAUAUAUGCAAAGCAGAUGGGCAAAAAGAUUUCCUUACUAAUUCCAAAAGGUUCAUGCUCAAUGUUGUGAAAAGCUUUCAAAAAUUGUUUUUGAAAAGACAAUCAUUUUUUGUUUCUGUUUUAAGUUUCUUGUGGCAAACUGUACUGGAAAAGCAGCAUGUCAAAAAUACUUUAUGUUCUAUAUAGAACGCUCUUUCUUUUUUUUUUUUGGUUAUAUAGGUUCAUUAUUUAUUUUACCUUUUACUGACAAUGUGAAACUCGCAGAAAAUGUUCUCCUUUUAAAUAUACAGCUGUAAACUGUUCAAGGUAACCAUAACAAACUAGGUGUUAUUUAUUAACAUAUUAUAAAAUAAUGUUUGAUCCACUAUGUGCUUGUCUUAUUUAAAAUUGGAAUGUGAGACAUGUUGCUGUGACUUGUUUUUUUCUCAUUCACAUUUGUAGAUAGCGUGUGAGCUACAGUAUAUAAUGAUAAUACUUAAAAGGAUAUUAUGUGAAUGUCGCGUACAUUUUGAAAUGAUAGAACUAUAUUAGCUUUGUAUCAUGUUUGGAUAAUUCAUCAAUGCUCACAGUUUAAAACAUCAUUAAACAUUAUGUAAUUAGCAAUGAGAAAGAAUCUUACCUAACUUAAAUUUGGGAUUUCCCCCAUCUCUUUUCCGGAUACAUUAUAAUUCUGGACCCCUAUUUAUCUCAAAACUCUUACCAUACGCAGACCAACAGGUUUCUGCAUUCCUUUUAAAUAUCUGGUUGUGACAGCUUGUUGUUGAUCAGAUUCACUGUUUCAUUCAUAUUUAUUGUAAUAUAUUUUUUGUUUUGUAAAUAUGUUACACACAACAAAAUGUGAUUGGUCUAAAAUAUUUGUAAUGUAUAUUAAAAGGCUCAAAAAUA